AUUGUUGUGUGUUUUUAUUCGUGGUUUUGCCCUGCUGCUUUCAUCUUCUUCCGUCCUUCCUUCCUGCCUGCCUGCCUGCCCAAUUAGAGUAGCAGUUGGUCGGAGAGGAGAUGACGUCACCUCAUGGGAUCGAACUUGCCGUACAUCUCAUCUCUACUUACUUCGGUGAUAUUGUCUCUAAAGUAUGUGAAUGUUUGCUGCGUAAAGGGACAUUAUCAUUAGCACAAGUGAGAAAAUAUACGGAGAUGAAGGAUGUGACUGUUAAAAAUGCAUUGCUUGUUUUAAUUCAACAUAAUUGUGUUCAAGCCUUCAAUCUUCAAGUCUCAGGUGGAUUUGGGGAAGCACCGAAGAUUGUGACUCAGUAUAUGGCACUGCAUGACAACAUCAUCCACCAUAUGAGGUUCCCCAAGUUUUUAGCUAUUGUGUUGGAUGAAUUCGGAAAAGAGUGCAUGGAGAUUAUUGAAGGAUUACUUCAACAUGGAAGUUUAUCUUUGAAACUGAUUACGGAUAGGUAUAAGGAUAAGCAUAAGGCUAAUGCGACAAGUGAAGAGAAUAGCACUGCUGCUAUUGUGUUACAUGAAAACUUCAAUAAACUUGCUCAUGCUCGCUAUAUCGAAAGAUGCCCUGCUCAUGAACCAUUUCUACCACCAGAGGAAGAUGCUCCUAAGAAAAGAACCGCUAGAUCUAGGAUGGGUGAUGGACCACUGACCGUUGAGGCACGUGCAUUAGCAGCUGCGGCUCCUAUGGAAUCAUUAAGAUUUUUAGUCGAAGUAGAUGCAUGUGGAAAUGGUGCCGCUGAUGAUGAUGAUGAUAGCAACAAAUGUCCUACUACAGGAAUUGUUGGAGAAAAGCGCAAGCAACCUGAAGCAGAAGUUUGGGCUACAAAUCAAAACAAAGAAAUACUUUGGCGUGUCAAUUUUGAGGAAUUUAUGCGACGUCUUCGUCAUAAGGCUUGUGUUUCCCACGUGACAACACGUCUAGAUAGUGUAGCUGGCAUUGUUCUUAGUGCAAUAUUUGAGGCAGGUAGAAAAGAAGAAACUAAAGUCAAAAUGGAAAAAACAGUUCCUCUUCCCUUGGAAACCGUCUUUGAAGAAGCAAUGAAGAGUGAAGAAGGUCGGAGUUUGACACUAGAGCGUGUUAGAGCUUCUCUUGUCCAAUUGGGCUGUGAACUCCCUACAAUCGGGAUAGACGAAACUUACAGCAUUGACUUGAAGAAAAUCAUUGAUCAGGCUCAAGCCCAGGAGGUUGAAUCCAUUGUGCUGAAAAAAUAUGGAAGGGAGGCUUAUAGGAUAUUCAGGUUACUAUUAGAACGUGAAAGGCUAUAUGAUACAGAUAAGAUAUCCAACACUACAUUCGUUGAAAAGAAAGAUGCACUGAAGAUUCUUUUUCAGCUAUGGAAAGAUGAUUUCUUGCACAUGGAGAGACUUGGAAAUGAUGCUGCUCAGAAGUCAGAAAUUUUGUUAUGGAAGUUAAAUAAACGUUCUCUUUGGGAACAAGUUUUAGAUGACAUGUAUCAUGCUGCUCUCAAUCUAAAACUCCGCCUUGUUCAUGAGCUUGAACAAGCGAAAGACAUUCUUCGGGUGCUUAAAGGGAAAACGGUAGGAGAUGAGGUGAUGCAAAAACGCAAGCGGGUUGGAGACAAAUGGAAGGUUCUCGAAUCGUCCCUUAUGAUUCUUGAUGAUGCUAUCUUGCUCUUUCAUGACUUUUAAUAAGAAGAAUAGAGUAGCCUGCUUCAUUAUGUGCUUCAUCAUCUUAAUGUUCAUUUGGUUUUGCAUGUUUCAGUGGAUUAUUUGCACACACGUGCUUCGGUAUUUAAGUAAAAAAACCACACUACUACACAUCGCUUCUGAUUAUGAAGUAUGAACUGGUAGUCCCAUUAUAAGCUCCGUUAGUAAAUUACCAUGUAAGUUAUCAUUGUAACGAAAUGUGAAGUUUUAUCAACUGUGUGCCAAUUAGGCUGAAGGGAGUGGGUCGAUGGAGCUUUUCAAAUCAAAGAAUUCGUCGAUUACAAGCCUUUUUUCAUAAAAA